AUGGCUCGCACACUACCUUCACUUUCCUCUAAGGACGACAAGAAACCUAAACUGCCAAGAAUAGGAAAGAACCAAAGAAUCCAAAAGCGACCCCUACUGCACCCCGCAAUCGCGUCACCCCGCUCUUCUUCUGAGAAGGUCGUCUACGUCUCUGACAAAUCGCAAUUCAUCGCCAUCGUAAAACGAGUCCGUAAAUACCUAGACGGUGCAGAGUUCCGUGCCGGGCCCACAGUUCUACCUAGUACAGACAGGGAGUUGAUGAGAGAAAUCGAAGAAGGCAUUAAAAUAAGCAGGAUGGAAAGAAAAUCAGGGAGUGGUAAUGGCGAAGAAGUCGUAAUGAAAGGAACGGGGAAAGCAAUUGAGAAAACCUUGAUGUUGGCGCAUUGGUGGCAGCAACAAGAAGGUGUGAGAGUGGUAGUCAGGACAAAGAGUGUAGCGACUGUUGAUGAUAUCGUGGGAAUUGACAACAAGGAUGACGAUAUGGAGGAAAGUGAGAGUAGGGUCAGGAGGGUUAGUGUGCUGGAAGUUGCCGUUUCCUACAUUUGA